ACCAGGCUGUGCAGCUGAACUGUGGGGCUUUUGUGGUGUUUCUUUUGGAUCCUAAACAUUUUUCAAGAUGAGUUCCGGCGUUAAGGGAGGUGGCAGCAGGAGAGGGAGCAUAGGUGGAGGUGGAAGUUGUGGUAUUAGCAGUGGAGGAGGUGGCAGCCGCAUCAUCAGUGGAGGAAGUUCUGGACGCAUCGGUGGUGGUGUCUGUGGUGUUGGUGGUGGUAGUGGUGGAAGUACCAGAAUCAGCACUUCUUCAUCAUCCAGGGGAUUUUCUGGAAGAAGUUAUGGAGGAGGAGGAUCCAGGAGUGGCUAUGGAGGAGGUGGUUUCAGCAGCGGGAGCUGUGGAAGAAUAAGUAGGGGGAGAAUAUAUGGUGGCAGCUCCUAUGGAGGUGGCAGCUACGGAGGUGGAGGCUACGGUGGUGGAGGCUAUGGUGGAGGCUAUGGUGGGGUUUCCUAUGGCAGUGGUGGCUAUGGUGGUGGCGGCUACAGUGGUGGCAGCUAUGGAGGUGGCAGCUAUGGUGGUGGUAGCUAUGGGGGUGGUAGCUACGGAGGUGGCUUCCACCCAUUCAGCAGUGGUAGUUUUGGUAUGGGGGGUGGCGAAGGGGGCCUCCUCUCCAACAAUGAAAAGUCAACCAUGCAGCACCUGAAUGACCGCCUGGCCAAUUACCUGGACAAGGUGAAACACCUGGAAGAAGAAAAUGCUCAGCUGGAGAUGUACAUCAGAGAGUGGUACCAAAAACAUGGUGAUGUGGGCACCGUAAGGGACUACGCCCCCUAUUACCAAGAAAUUGACCAGCUCUACAAUGAGCUUGUUAAUGAAAUUGAUGAUUACAACAAGUAUCUUCUGAAUAUUGAUAACACCAGGAUGACUGCUGAUGAUUUUAAACUGAAGUUUCAAACUGAAGCUGGUCUCCGCCAGAAUGUUGAGGCUGAUAUCAAUGGGUUGCGCCCAUUGUUAGAUCAACUGACUCUCUCUAGGUCCGAUCUGGAGGCUCAGUUUGAAUCUCUGAAAGAGGAGUUGAUCAGUCUCCAGAAGAACCACCAGGAGACCCUGAGAGAACUGCGAAGUCAACGUGGUCCUGGUGAUGUCAAUGUUGAGGUGAAUGCCGCUCCUGGCCAGGAUCUGAAGCAACGUCUUGAUCAGCUCAGGGCUGAAUAUGAAAACAUCAUUGAUCAAAACUGCAGAGAAGUGCAAGCCUGGUAUGAAAGUAAGAUGGAAGAGGUUCGUCAACAGGUCAGCUCAAGUGGUCUGGAGAUAAGCUCAGGAAACCAGCAAGUUUCAGAUUUGAGACGGGAAUAUCAGACGCUGGAGAUUGAGCUGCAAUCUUCACUCAGCAUGAUCCAGUCUCUACAGACCAGUCUGGAAGACACAGAACGUCGAUAUAACAUGCAGCUGCAACAGAUUCAGACCAUGAUCGAGCCAGUAGAAGGAGAACUGGCCAGCCUCAGAAUGGAGAUUGAGGGCCAGAAUCAAGAGUAUCAAUUGCUCCUUGGUAUCAAAACACGCCUGGAGCAAGAGAUUGCCCAGUACCGCCGGCUGCUUGAGGAAGGACAGCAAGAAAUCUGUUCAGGAGGAGGGUAUGGAGGAGGAUACGGAGGUGGAUAUGGAGGUGGUCGAAGGGGUAGCAUUGGAAGAAUUGGUGGAGGAGGCAUCAGUGGAGGAGGCAUCAGUGGAGGAAGCAUCAGUGGUGGAGGCAUCAGCGGUGGAGGCAUCAGCGGAGGCGGCAUGAGUGGAGGAAGCAUCGGAGGAGGUGGUGGUUCGUGUGGAAUUGGCGGAGGAAGCAUGAGCGGUGGUGGUAUCAGUGGAGGAAGCAUCGGAGGAGGUGGCGGUUCAUGUGGAAUCAGUGGAGGAAGCAUCGGUCAUAUUGGAGGUGGUGGAGGCUCUUCAUGUCUUGGAAGGAAAUCCAUUGAAUAGCCAAUUGCCUUACAAUGACAUUGCAAUCUCAAACCCUCCAAGUCGUUUUGACAAUAGAGGAAGAGCAUGACUGCCAAAAUUCUCUGCAUGGACUCCCUAGACAGAGGGGAUUGCUCCCUCUAGCUAUUUGACUCUGCCUAGGCUGUCACUACAUAAGUGUCCUUUGCAGCCAAUUAACCUGUGAAGCCUACCAUUUGUUUCUUCUUUAUAGCUCCUUCUUGCAGGACUUGCUCUCACCUUUUUUAAAAAAUUAGGGGCUGGCUUUCAGCUUCUGAUAUUGCUGAGGAUUAUCCAAUAAAGUCUAUUGCUGCUUGAUGCAAACA